CGGAAAUACGUUUUACUAGUUUCUGUAUUCAUGGUGAAGUGAGCGGGUAUCCUAAGAACUGGUGACCAAAAAGGUGACUAUUAGUUCGGGUUAUAUGACUUCAUAACUCGAGUCUGUGUGCAUGGCUUCGCCACCAAGCUGCCUGUGUAGUAAAAUCUAUUGAUCACAUGUAGAACCCUACCAAACUCAAGGUUCUAUCAGAGUGUGUGCACGUUCGGUUUGUAGUCAGCGAGAAAUCAUGUAACUUGAAUGCAUGUCUGGUGUUUCUGAUUUACUAUGGUUCCUUAUAUGAAGGUUGCAUUCGUAGCUGUGAUAUCCUGCAGCUUGGUAUAGUGCAGUCUCUGCUAGGAACGCUGCCAUAGCAGCGCAAUAGCAGGAUAUUUAAUUUUGUGCAAAAUGUGAAUAAUUGUUUUCCACAAAUAAUAAAUUGCCUUCAUUGAUUAGUAAUGAUAAUGAAAAAGAGAAAACUCAUUACCACUUGAUUGUGGUUCAGUAGAAUUUCCAGUUCGUGGUUAUAAACAAAAUGUAUGAAAUUGGACACUUGAGUGAUGGUUUGGACAUUGGGCUUUAUUAAUUAAAACAGGCGUUGAGUGAGACUUGACAAGGGAACUGCAUAUUUUAGACAAACAUAGCUGACUAUCCAAUUCUGUUAUUUUGCCAUGUGAUGUGUAACUCCCUUAUUUAUCAUUAAGAACUGCACUACAUGACACUUAGAGGAAAAAAAUUAUACGUAAAUGCACCACAAACAAAAGAUUUAAUAUUAACAACUAAACUUGAUAUUUUAAGUGAAAAAAGACUCAAGUCUCAUAGCUAGAUGUGUGCAUUAAUGCUUUUCAGCUAGUUCAAAUGAAUCAAACCCCUUUUAAUCCAGGGUUUGACAAAUUUGCUUUGAAUCUGUAAGCCAGCUAAAAAAGUUAGGAGGCAGGUUUUUUUUUAACUAACAAAGCUUUAUUUUCAACAACCAAAAAAUAACAGAUCUUAAAGUGACAAUAUAGUUACCUGAAACACUACAGGUUAAUGUGAUUUAUGGUGUCUAUAACCUGUUUCUGCAGGCUUUUCAAUGUAAACACUGCCUUUUCAGAGAAAAGGCAGUGUUUACAUUGCUGCACAGUAAUACAUCUAGUGGCAGUCAUUUAGCAUGGAGGUGCUGAACGUUCCCGUUAGAGAUGCAUUGAUUCAAUGAGGAGACACUGAUUGGCGCAGCACAGCAUUUUGCUGUACAUGCGCAAUAGCCUCCGAGUGCUUUCCUAUGGGAAAGCAUUGGAAUGGAUGAGAUCAUUAAUAUUGAUUAUCUCUGCCAUGGAGACCAGUGCAGCGUGGUGGAAAAAGAUGAGUAAAAAUACCUUUUGCAUGCAAUCGAAGGGGAAAGGUGAGGGGGCAGUCACCUAUUAAGACAGAAACACUCACUGACAGACACACAGAUUCUCUCACACACUCACAAAUUAUUUGUUUUAUUUUAAUUAUCGUGCACCCAACCUCCCUACCUUUUGGAGAACUGGAGGGGAUCUUUUCCCUGUGUGGCUGCUGUAAUCUUUAAGUUCUUCUUUCUCGGCUCUCUUGUGCGCUGUUUAGUGAUGCGUGGCCAGCGUGAUGACAUAUUUGACUUCAAACAUCACAACAGGAUGCGCAAUGGAGCAGAGCAAGAAGAGCUUGAAUAUUACACCUCCAUUCUCCCUCAGCCAGUUGUCUCUAACCUCCAUUAGUCGUCCAAGAAGACAUAGUUUUAAAUUAGAGGGGCAAAGGUUUAAAAAUAAUAUCAGGAAGUAUUACUUUACAGAGAGGAUAGUGGAUGCAUGGAAAAGUCUUCCAACUGAAGUGGUAGAGGUUAACACAGUAAAGGAGUUUAAGCAUGCGUGGGAUAGGCAUUAGGCUAUCCUAACUAUAAGAUAAGGCCAGGGACUAAUGAAAGCAUUUAGAAAAUUUAGCAGACUAGAUGGGCCGAAUGGUUCGUAUCUCCAGUCACAUUCUGUGUUUCUAUCUCCAUCUCGGCUGAACAGGCUGACAAGUACCCACAUUUGACAAAUUCCAGGUUGCCAUGGCGACUAGGAAUUUUCUCCUGGCUUCUGUGAUUUGUUGAACCCUGUUUAAUCUACAUCCGAACAAAUCAAUAUUGGAUUAAUAUGUGAAGUCUUAUUAAAUGUAAUGAAUAAAACUCUACAGGUAAAUCUCUGACGAUCAAUUCAUUCAGGCGUAGAUUAAAAUUAACUUGAUUUGUUCAUACCAACUGAAAAGCAUUAAUUCACAAGUCUAGUAGUAACUAUCUUAGAUGCCUAUUUUUGUCUUGCUUAAUACACAAUACUCUACUUGAGUACAUUUUGCGUAAUGUGUAUGUAUAUAGGUCUGAAUACUGGCAAGUGUUUUAUUAACCAUUUCUGUGUUGUUCAUUUGCUUUUUUUUUUUUAGGUUACCGAUUUUCUCUGUGUAGGUGGACAAAGUGCAUCCAUUACAAAAUGGGGCGAAGAUCCACUUCAUCCACGAAGAGUGGGAAGUUCAUGAACCCCACAGAUCAAGCUCGUAAGUCCUAUUUCUAACACAGGCAUCAAUGGACUUGUAUUUAAUGUCGUUGUUGGUUGGUUUUUUUUUUGGUUUUUUUUUAACAAUAAUAGUUACCUAUAAAAAAAAUUAAAUAGUAUCUAAACAUUUAGCUAGCAAAAGUAUAGAUUGGUAGAAACCUAUUUUAAAAUAGCCUCUAUGCAGAAUAAUUGAUUGAUAAAGGAGGGCAGAAAAGACUGAUUUUACAUUUGGAUUCAUCUCUGUGUUAUAUUAAUGCGUGUCUAAAUUUUAUAACGUUAGCCCAAGGCCAUCAGUAGUAGUUGAUAUAAAACAAUCUUGGUACAUUUUAAUUUAAGUGUUGUAUAGUUACAUUACAUAAAUGUUGAUAAAUUAAUUGUCUCUUAUUUUAUCAGGAAAGGAGGCAAGGAAGAGGGAGCUAAAAAAGGUAAGACAUUCCAUCAUAUUCUAAACAAUCAAAUCUGAUUUAUUAUGCUUAGCUAUGAACAAACAUUCUUUAUUGUAACAUCAACAUAUGUUUCAGCGGUAAUGUCCUUUUAUGCAAAGCUUUCUUAGCAUGGUUACAGUGGCUAGUUUAAAAAUUAGGGAUAACAAACUGAGUAUUGUCUAUUUACUGAAUAUAUCAAUAAUUGUAUUCAAAUAUCUUUCCUGCUCUUAUAGCAUAAUAGUUACUCCAAACACCAUACCCACUGCAUCAUCCUGUAGUUGUUAUGGUGCCACAAGUCCACUGGUGACUUCUCACUUUUAGCAUUGUUUCCUUUUAAGAACCAAAUAAAAGUGUACUUAGCGUUGUAUGAGAACAGCAAGAAAGAGUGAAACUGCAAUGAGAUAACUUAAAUGAGAAAUUACAGUAUUUGAAAAAGGCAAUUUUAACAGUUUUUAGCCAUAUUUACAUGGGUACAUACUCUUGUGGUUUCAUAAUUUCCUCCUCUUUUUUACAGAACAAAAAGCAGAGGAUGAUGGUGAGAGCAGCUGUGCUGAAAAUGAAAGAUCCAAAACAAAUAAUCAGGGACAUGGAGAAACUUGAUGAGAUGGGUAAGUUCUAGAUAAGGUAGUCAAUAGAUUAAAAGAAAAGAAAAAAAGUGUUUAUCUUUCUAAACAAACUUGUGACAUAAUAUGAAGCAUUAGGACAUAGCCUUGGCAAUCAUAAUUGUCACUUCUAUCUAAUGCAAUCCAUUACUGCCAUCAGAGGACUAAAUGUAAUUCAUUAAUAAAAUAUGAUUACAAGCAUUAACACAAUAAUAUGAAACUCAUAGAGCAGAGGUAGACAACCUUUGGCACUCGAUGCUGGGGGCUACAUCUCCCUGUUUGUGUAAGAGCAUUAACAAAGAUGUAUUGAACAACAUUUGGAGUGCUGAAGGUUGUCUGCACCUGUCAUAGAACAACAGUAAUAAUUUUUUUUGUAUGUGUUUUUAAAAUACAUGGUUGCAGGAACCGAGGACAGAAAGACAAUAUAGCCCUAAAAAGUACAUUUUCAUCUUCGCGUAGUUGUAUAUCGCGUAGUUUAUCUGAAAGUCAUCAAUGAUUGUGUUUGACCUUCUCUGCCUUUGGACAUGAUAGUAUUUGUUUACCUUAAUGCUAAUGACAGAGAGCAUUAGAAAAUGAUUUACAUUUGUUUGCUGUUGCUUUUGUUGUAGCAUAAUGUAUGCAUAGUUUGUUUUUUUUCUUUAAGUUGGCACCCCAGAUGUUUCCAAAUUACAGUUUUGUUUGGGUUGACUGAAUAUUAUUGGUAAUGUAGGCAAGACUCACACCUAACUAUCAGUGCCAAAAUGUUUGUAUUUUGUUUUUCUCCUCGAUUGGCUAACGUUAAAAAUUUUGACAUAUCCAUCCCUUCCUCUCCCCCUUUUAUUACCACAGAAUUUAAUCCUGUGCAACAACCUCAGCUUAAUGAAAAAGUUCUCAAGGACAAGAGGAAGAAGUUAAGAGAAACAUUUGAACGUAUUCUACGCUUGUAUGAAAAGGAAAAUCCAGAAACUUACAAGGAGCUUCGGAAAAUUGAGCUGGAUUAUGAGCACAAAAGGUCCCAGCUCAGCCAGUAUUUUGAUGCUGUGAAGGUAUGAGUGACCCAGGGACGUGAUUUUUCCAAUUAACAUUUGUAUGCAAAUGUAUUUUCAGAACUAAAGAUCAACGGUCCUAAACAAAAUGUGUGGAUGGUAAGGGUAGUUUUAGGGGGGUAUUUAAAUUUAAGCAUUGCAUUGUACUAGUGAAAGGGCCAGCAAUUAUAUCAAUUUAAUAUUGUAUUUUGUUGCCCACUUCAUUAUGCAGGUUCAGCAUCCCCCAAUGGAUAUGAUGCCAUUGACCACACUAUAUCACUGUGCAAACUAAAUGUAUCAACAUUUCAAUCUCUCUAUAUGGUAUUUGGUUUUAAAAGGAUUAAAAAAAAAAAUCUCUGCAAAAUGUUAACCUGUAGUAGUAUUUGUCAGCAUUGCCAUGUUUUUAUGAGUUACCAUUCACCUUAAAUAUUGUUUUCAUCUUAGUGUUUUUCUGUGCAUUUGCGGAAAGAUAUUUGUUUUCCACAAAUGUCUUGAUUUGUGGAACAGUGCUAAUCUCUUCUGCAUAUUUCACCAUACAAUAGCAUGGCUGUGUUCAGAGUUUUAGGGUAAAUGAGCAAAAAUGUGAUGGUUCCUUUUUAAAGGGGCAAUAUAAAAAAGUAUCUUGCAUUUAAAAUCCCUGUUUUUUGGGGGGGUUUUUUACGGUAUCUGAUGUGAAAUCACACCAAAUCAGGAUAUAAAUGGUCCUGUAAUUUUCUAUAGCAAUGUCAAGGUUAUAUUCUAAGCAGUCCUUUAUGGACACAGCUAGAGGUUCUUGAAGUUGUCGUUAAAUUGUCAGGUUUCACUGUUGAAAGUUAAGUUAAAAUACAACUUAACUACGCAUAUAUAGUGUGCUAGUGCCUGGAGGGACCCUUUUCAAGCCAAUAGUGUACCAGUGUUUUCAGAGAACUCUUAACCAGUCAUUUUAUUUCUUUAUUCAGAAUGCUCAGCACGUUGAGGUGGAGAGCAUCCCUCUGCCAGACUUGCCACAUGCCCCUUCCAACAUUUUGAUCCAGGACAUUCCCCUGCCAGGAGCCCAGCCACCAUCCAUCUUGAAGAAGACAUCUGCUUAUGGGUAAAACAAGCAUUUAUUUAAAAAAAAACUGGGAUAAUCUCACCUUGGGUUUAAAAUUACUUUUUUUAUAAUUUAAUUUUUUUCUUCAUAUUUCGAAAGAAAGUUCAAAAUGCUAUUGCUGCUUGAAUGUUGUAAAAUGGGCUUGUUUUAGCAGAUAUCUGCUGUGUUACACAUACGUUGACUGCUGUUUUACAAUUGAGCAGCCCCUUAUUCCACAGCUGAUAAGUUGUCUCUAUGGUAAGAUUACUGAAUAAGAAAAUGUCUACAACAUUUAUUGUGUGAAACCAGAUCACUAUAGAGUGGCCUUGUUUCACAAAUACUUAUAAAUGGUACCAUAUCACUCUAUAGUGAUGGACUAAAAGGAAUAGGCUUUGAAUACAGGGGCACACGUUGGUAUGUCAAAAUAUGUCCUACUCUUUAUAGUGUACAUUAUUCUCAAAAUUACAAUUACAGUCCCUUUUUUUUUUUUUUUUUUUUGGUGUAGUACUGUCAGGGACUAGAGCAUGCUUUCCACUGGCACAUGGAAGCGCUCUUGCAGGAGGCAAAUUGGCAUGUAUCUUGAAAAGUACAUGCCAUUUAUCCCCCAUAGAAAAUUCUAAAUUAAUACUAUAGGGAUCAAGACAACUUGAGCUUAACAUAGCAUUUUGGUGUAUAGAUCAUGCUCCUGCAGUGUUCGAUUAUCUGCCAUUUAGGAGUUAUAUCACUUUUGUUUCUGUUUAUGCAGCCCAAGCCAUACCUCCCCUAUAUGUGACUCACAGCCUGCAUGAAAUAAAAAUGUUUGAAUUUUAGUCCGAUGUUAACUUGCUUUAGACGUUUUUAUCUUCUCUAUAAAUUCAAAUUGAAUUACACGCAGAAGGCUCCUGCAGACUCUAGAAGACUAUUAACAGAGCGGGAGAUAAGAAAUUCUAGAUUAAACAGACUGUGCACUAAAGGAACCCAUACUAUAUCUAGGUUCCUUUUCAGGAAGGCUGUCUAAGAGACAUGCACAGUGUGAUUAGGACUCUAUAGACAAAGUGAUUUAACUCCUAAAUCGGAGAGAAUUGAGCAGUGAGAUUACAUGGGCACGAUCUGUUCUCUACACCAAAACUACUUUAUUAAGCUAAAGUUGUUUUGAUGACUAUAGUAUCUUAAUAAACAUCCUGUAGCUGUUGUGGUUUUUGUGUAUAGAGUCUUCUUUAAAGGGACUCUCCAAGCACCCAGACAACUUCUGCUCAUUGGAGUGGUCUGGGUGCCAACUCCCACUACCCUUAACCCUGCAAGUGUAAUUAUUGCAGUUUUUAUAAAUAAUAAUUACCUUGCAGGGUAAAGUCCUCCUCUAAUGGCUGUCUAUCAGACAGCCACUAGAGGGACUUCCAUGUUCUUAGAACACGAAAAACGAAAAGUGUUUUAAGCGAUGCUGGACAUCCUUACGCUAUGUGAGGAACUCCAGCGUCGCCAAAAUCCCCAUAGGAAAUCAUUGAACAAAUGUUUUCCUGGCACUGGAGAGUCCCUUUAAACAGUUUGAUAUUAAUAUGUUACUAAAAUAUUGUGCUAAACAGAUUUUAAAAAAUUUAAAAGGCUAUAUUAUGGUGCAACACGUUUGCUGAUAACUGAACUAUUUUCAUUGUAACACUGGCUUUAUAAACUAUAAAGGAGUGAUGAAAUUAAUUCACCUUGCAACUCCCUCUUUUUCCAGUCCUGGGCGAAGUGUCCCCAUGCCUUUCCCUCCUGGACAUGGUGUUCCACGUUUACCUCCAGGAAAGAAGCCCCCAGGACCUCCUCCUGGUCCUCCUCCACCACAGGUACUACAAAUGUAUGGUCGUAAAGUUGGGUUUGCACUAGAGAAUAUAAUGAGGCGGCGGGAAGAGGAGGCGAGAUACAGCCCUGAAAAAGGUGAGGCUUCUGUAGUUUGUCUCAGUUACUGGUAACUAGUCAGCAUAUCCUAUACUUGGUUUACUAUGACCGGUUUUCUGUGCUCUUAUUCUCAACAGGUCAAAGGGACCAGCAUGAUGACUCAAGCUCAAGUGAAGAUGAGGGUUAUCCACAUGAGAUGGAGCAAGAUAAAGAUGACGAUGGCAGCAGUUUAGAAGACAGUGAUAGCAACCAAUCAGACAUCAGGGACAGUGAUGGAGAAGAGUAUGUUCAGCGUGAUGAAGAGAGGAAGGACAGUGGAGAAAAGAAAGCUGGUGAGAUGAACAUGUUAACCAAGCAUCUAGUGGAGGUUUUGCAUUUUAACAUUCUUUUAAUUCAACAUGAAACAAGACCUUAAUGUUAAUGCUGAAGUGUUAAUUUUUUAAGAUUUAGGUUAGUAGUAAUUUUGGUAUAUUAGUUUACUGUUCUGUUUUUCUCUACUGCAAAUAGACAUCUUUUUUUUUCUACAGGUCAUAGUGUACGGUUUGCUGAUGCACCAGAAAAGCCUCACAAAAAGAGAAAGAAGAAUGUGAAGGACUUGACUCCACUCCAAGCUAUGAUGUUGCGAAUGGCAGGUAAUUAAUCAAAAUUGGAGACACCGUAGAUUUAUGGAAAAGUAUCCAAGCAUAAAUGCAGUAUAUAUUUUAAAUGCUUUAGUCUGAUUAGGCUGUUAGAUAAGUGUAUUCCAAAAAUUAACAAUAUAUAUUGAUACACCUAUUCUUAGAACCC